AUUUGAGAAAAUCUGGAAAAUAACAUAAUAAAAUUAAAUUGAAAAUUUGACCUAGCGCCAUAGUGUAGAUUUUAUUUUUCGUUUUUGUCAGCAUAGAAGUAAAAGUGCGACUGUGCCGCAGCUGCCGCGCUGCGUCCCCUUGGUGUGUGUACGUUGAUCGAGUCGCCAUGUUGGACCACGGCCGAAACGCCCUUUGACACGAAGUCGCAUUCCGUAUUCGUUUCGGCGCUUUAAGACUACUUGAGUCCUAUUAAAUACAAGCAAAAUGGGUGAGGAUCGCGACAAGGAGAAGUCUGAAAAAGAUCGCGAAGAUAAGAAAGAUCGAAAUGAUAAGGAUAAAGAGCGUGAUCGGGAUAAGGACAGAGAUAGAAAGAAACGGAGCAGAUCCAGAUCACGUGACCGACGCAAGCGCAGAACAAGAUCACGAUCCAGAGGCCGUUCAAGAUCACGAUCUCGCUCCCGGGAGAGUAGGAGAAAAAAUCGCAGAAAGAAGCCUUCACUAUACUGGGACAAACCUCCACCGGGCUUUGAACACAUAACACCAAUUCAGUACAAAGCCAUGCAAGCUGCUGGACAGAUUCCUUCAAAUGUCACUGUGCCGUUGAUUGCCCCCCCUACUGGACAGAUGUCAGCAGCAGUACCAACAGCAGUACCCUCUUUGCCAGAAGUAGCACAGGUUGCACCAGUUCCUGUUGUAGGGUCAACUAUAACAAGACAGGCUAGACGUCUUUAUGUGGGUAACAUACCGUUUGGUGUGACUGAAGAGGAAAUGAUGGAAUUUUUCAACCAACAGAUGCAUUUAGCUGGUCUUGCACAAGCUGCUGGAAACCCUGUUUUGGCUUGCCAGGUGAAUCUGGACAAGAAUUUUGCUUUCUUAGAGUUUCGUUCUAUUGAUGAAACAACUCAAGCCAUAGCAUUCGAUGGUAUAAAUUUCAAAGGUCAGUCUCUCAAAAUUCGACGACCACACGAUUAUCAGCCAAUGCCCGGCAUGUCUGAGCAUCCCACAUUAACCAUGCCAGGUACGACAUCUCAGAUCCCAGUCAUUGCAGGUGUGGUGUCAACAGUAGUGCCUGAUUCUCCUCACAAGAUCUUUAUUGGAGGCCUUCCAAAUUAUCUCAACGAAGACCAGGUGAAGGAGCUGCUGAUGUCCUUUGGUCAACUACGAGCAUUUAAUUUAGUGAAAGACUCUGCAACUGGAUUGUCCAAGGGCUAUGCCUUUUGUGAAUAUGUUGAUGUCAGUCUUACAGAUCAGGCCAUUCAUGGCUUGAAUGGAAUGCAGCUAGGUGAUAAAAAACUGGUUGUACAACGAGCUAGUGUAGGUGCUAAGAAUGCAAAUGCCAUGGCACAAGCUCCUGUGCAGAUUCAAGUACCAGGUUUACAACUUCAGAGUGGUACAGGUCCUGCUACUGAGGUGUUAUGCCUUAUGAACAUGGUACUACCAGAAGAACUUAAAGAUGAUGAAGAGUAUGAAGACAUUCAGGAGGAUAUCCGGGAAGAGUGUAGUCGGUAUGGCAUUGUUCGUUCUGUCGAGAUUCCUCGGCCUGUAGAGGGGGUUGAGGUCCCUGGUGUGGGAAAGGUCUUUGUUGAAUUCAACUCUGUUUUAGAUUGUCAGAAGGCACAGCAGAACCUUACUGGAAGGAAAUUUGCUAAUAGAGUGGUAGUGACCUCUUACUUUGAUCCAGAUAGGUACCAUCGACGUGAUUUUUAAAUUAAGAUUUUAGUUUGUCUUUUGCCACCAUUGUACACAAUAAUAUCAGACAGAGAGGAGUUAUCAAUGAGUGAUUGGACUUAAAGUAGACUCAUACUUUUAGUGCUGGAAAUAAAAUUUAAGUCAAAUCAUGCUUUGUGAAAUUUGUAAUUGUCCAUUUGCUUAUUAAAAUUAACCCAUGAAAUUGUAAUUGUAUUAAUUUCUCUGGGAAAUAAAAACACACUAAGC